UCCGCGAACAAACUCACAUGUACAUGUUUACCGAAGAAUGGAUGUAAUAGACAAGGAUUGCUCUCUUUUUCCUCGCAAUAUGUGAAUAUAUCUAUUGAAUGAAUAUUUGGUGAUGUCUCAGUAAAGAGUGGGCAUGUCGAACAAUAGGUCCUCGGAAGAUGUCCUGCUGAUUGUGAACCACGUACGACACAAAAAGACAGAUGGAGUGCUGUACCUCAUGGGUGAAAGAAUGGGCUGGAUGGUGGAGAGCAAGAGCAGUUUCUCCCUCAGCCAUAUGUACUCGGACAUCAAAAGUCAAAAAAUAUCUCCUGACUCCAAAGACAAGGUGCAGCUUCAGGUUGUGAUGCAUGAUGGCAGUGCAAAGACAUUCCAUUUCAUAAACCCAAAAGGUCGAGAUGCUGGAGUUAAGGAUAGAGAUAGCAUCAAGGAACUCCUACAGCAGCUACUGCCGAAGUUCAGAAGCAAGAUCAGCAGUGAAUUGGAGGAAAAAAACAGAUUAUUGCAGGAAAGUCCAGAAUUGUUUCAGCUGUAUAAAGACUUAGUGGUCAGUGGAGUAAUAACAGCAGAGGAGUUCUGGGAGUCCAGGGCUGAUCAACUUUCAAACAUAGGGAAGAACGAAGGCAGCAAACAGGCAGUUGGUGUGUCCGCAGCCUUUCUGGCUGACAUUAAACCCCAGACUGAUGGUUGUAAUGGUCUCAAGUACAAUCUAACUGCCGAUGUCAUCGAAUCUAUAUUUAGGACGUAUCCGAUGGUAAGGAAGAAACAUGCUGAGAAUGUACCUCAUGAGAUGACAGAAAGUGAAUUUUGGACAAGAUUUUUUCAGUCCCAUUAUUUCCACAGGGAUCGAACAGUCAUAAGCAGUAAGGAUGUAUUCUCAGAUUGUGCCAAGAACGAUGACCGAGAAAUAAAAGAUGAGGUGACCAAGAAAGUAAAUGACCCACUACUGGACAUGUCUAAGAUGAUCGAUUCAAGUUCCGGUGAUGGUUUUGGAGGGGUAUCCGACGAACGCAAACUUUCCACGAAUCAGACCAAUUUGACCAUGAUUCGAAGGUUCAAUCAUCACUCCACUAUGGUUCUGAAGGCAUGUGAACGUAAUAAAACAAAAUCUCAGGAAACUACUGGUGAAGCCAGUGGCACUAGUGACAAUAGCUCCAAGAAAUCCAAUGGGGCCGUGUCACACACGGUAACCAAUGGUGACACUGAUGCUAGUGGAGUAAGCUCAGAUUCAUUUAUAGAACCUGCAACCAAACGAGCAAGGAUUCAGGAAAAACUUGAGUAUGAGGAUUUGGAAGGUAAAACCAAAUCUAAGAAUGUGAAUUUAAGACUACAUAAAACUGACGGAUACCUCCAUGGUCCGAGACCAGUGGUGAUGUCCAAGUACAUGACGAGUGAUGAUGCAGUGAGCGCAUCGCACUCGGUGUCACAGGAAAUGUCUGACUGGGCACCACAGCUCUCUAACGUUCUGAGAGGUUCUGUUGCUCUGGGAGUAUUGGGGGAAUUGUCCCCAGGUGGUUCUUUGAUGUAUGGAACAAGUCACCAACAGCUCCACAAUAUGGUGGCAUCAGACAUACAGGAGGAGCUGAAGAAACAGUACACAGCCCUACAGGAACUUCUCAGACAUUUCUGGACCUGCUUCCCUGCCUCAUCCAAGUUCCUAGAAGAAAAGGUUUGCAGAAUGAAGGCAACUUUAGAAAGGUUUCAAGUUACAAAACUCAUUCCUUUAAAGGAGUCCCUCAAACAGCAUCACUACACAAUAGAUCUUGUUGGACAUUUGGAAGAACUUCUGUCUACCGCCUAUGCUAAAUUUGAUACUUGGCAAGCCAGAAAAAUGGCUAAGAGGUCAUGACCCCAAAGGCUGUUAGUUCUGACUUUAAAGAUGAAGAAAUUACUGCCUAACAGGAUGUUUUAUGUUGGUGAUAUCAUGGCAUUAUAACAAUGUCACAUUCUUACUUCAGAAAUUGAAAUUGAUGUGUUAGAAACAUUACCGGUAUAUGUAUCUUAUGUACAUCAAUGCAAGAUAUUUGUUUACAGACUACAUAUUGUACAUUCAUUGUAUUGGCAAUUUCAACAGAAUGACAUAUUGAAAUAUGAAAUAUCUAAGAAUAUUCUGAGAUAUGGUGACUUUAAUAUGUUGUAAAGCAAAAGUCUUUUUACCAUUUAAUUAGCUCACAUUAAAUGUCAAAUAUAGGUGAUAAAACCAUGUUUGUUGUCACACUUACCUUAAAGUUGGUCACUGCGGAAGCAAUUGACAGUUUUACGAUAAAAUUGAACAGAGGACAAAUUGAAGAUUUUCUUUAUCCUUAACUAAUUACACAAAUAUUUUUUCCGAUAGAAAUUGUCAGGCUGAUAGCUUACCAUACAAAUGAGACUCCCAUGUUUAGUCAGGCUGAUAGCUUACCAUACAAAUGAGACUCCCAUGUUUAGUCAGGCUGAUAGCUUACCAUACAAAUGAGACUCCCAUGUUUAGUCAGGCUGAUAGCUUACCAUACAAAUUAGACUCCCAUGUUUAGUCAGGUGGAUAGCUUACCAUGCAAAUGAGAUCCCAUGUUUAGUCAGGUGGAUAGCUUACCAUGCAAAUGAGACUCCCAUGUUUAGUCAGGUGGAUAGCUUACCAUGCAAAUGAGACUCCCAUGUUUAGUCAGGUGGAUAGCUUACCAUGCAAAUUAGACUCCCAUGUUUAGUCAGGCUGAUAGCUUACCAUACAAAUUAGACUCCCAUGUUAAGUCAGGCUGAUAGCUUACCAUACAAAUGAGACUCCCAUGUUUAGUCAGGCUGGUAGCUUACCAUACAAAUGAGACUCCCAUGUUUAGUCAGGCAGAUAUGCAUCGUCACUCAAUCGAAGCUUGUAAACCAAGCUAUUUUCUUAAACAAGCUGGAAACUAGACCACCAACUUAAGUAAGAGAAAGUAGGAAUGGACAUGUAGAGGCAAAACUUUGAUAAUUUUGUAAUGUUUUAAUAACCUGAGUGGUGACCACCUUUAAGUAGCAUGCUGGUAUAUGCCAUGCUUGUAUAUAUGU